UCUUCCAGUGGAGAGACGCGCACCGAUACACACACAUUUACAGUUUUGUCUCUCACACACUCACUCACACACACACUUACACAGUCUCUCUUUCUCACACACACUCACUCACACACACACUUACACAGUCUCUCUCUCUCACACACACUCACUCACACACACACUUACACAGUCUCUCUCUCUCACACACACUUACACACAGAAGCUCUCUCUCACUCUCCGGCUGUGUCUGAUGGGAGGAGGGCUCUCGGGCGGAGGGAUUAUCGGGGAGUUUCGGUGAAGGUAAAGUUCGGCUCGGCUGAGCUGCGCGGAGCUCCGGCUGCAGCGGUUCCGAACAGGCGCAGAAAGCCAGCGAGCAGAGAGCGGGUCCGGGAGGUUCUGGAGCAUGGAGGUUCUGCGGUUCUGCCUCUACUGUUUAGUAAUAAAGGUAGUAGUGGGCGAUGAGUGUGUUAGCAUGCGCUUCACACGCCGGGGCGAGUGCUGCAGCCUGUGCCCGGCGGGUACCGGAGUGAUAUCUGAGUGUGGCCCACAGAACACCAAGUGCCAAUCAUGCCAAGAUGGUGUGACGUUCUCAGACUCUGAAGGUCUCUCCGCGUGCAGGGCGUGUGCCCGCUGUCCCCCGGGCAUCCCCCAGCUGGCGCGCUGCACCCUGACCCAGGACACGCACUGCGACUGCGGUGAGGGUUUCUUCCUCUGGCGAGACGGGAACAGCACGGAGGGCCGCUGUGCCCCCUGCAGUGUGUGUGAGCGUGGGGAGGGGGUGACCCGCCUCUGUGGAGCUGCAGGAAACACCGAGUGCCAGCCUUGCCCGCCGGGCACCUACUCGGAGGUGCGGAGCACCACCCAGACCUGCACGCCCUGCUCUCGCUGCGGAGACGAUGAGGUGAACAUCCGGCCCUGCCAGCCCAACUCGGAUACCCUCUGCAUGCUGCGAGACCUGCAGAUCCUGUCUCAGCCGGGAGGUUCCCCCAGACCCGGACUGGUGGAGGACGAGACCGUAAAGAGAACCGAAACAUCUCCUGGUUCUGAAGCCCCCGAGCUCACCCCUCAGGACCAGGGCGGCAACAACAUCCUGCUGUACGUGUCCGUGCUCGCUGCCGUGGUGCUGGGCCUGCUCGUCUACGUCGCCUACAAGUGCUGGAAGUCGUUUCAGCAGAAGAAGGCUCUGGGUAAGGCUCGAGCUGGAGAGCUGAAUAACAUGGCUGAGGGGGAGAAGCUCCACAGCGACAGCGGCGUGUUCCUCGACUCCCACAGCCUGCAGGACAGCCAGCCCAGCAAAGGCAGUAAGCGGGACAGCAAGCAGGACACGCGGCUGUACAUAAACCUGCCCCCUCACCGGCAGGAGGAGCUGGAGAAGCUGCUGGAGGAGGGCAGCGGGCGGAGCUGGAGGCAGCUGGGCGGAGCUCUGGGGUACGAGCCGGAGCGACUGGACGUUUUCGGGCGCGGUCUGGACCCUGUUCACACGCUGCUGACGGACUGGUCCCAGCAGGACGGCUCCACGCUGGGUCUGCUGUGCUCCGCCCUCGCCCGCAUUGAGCGGCACGACGUGGCCCGGGCCCUCACCGCGCCCACACAGGGCCUGUCGGUGGUCUGAACGCCGCCGGGACACUUCUCUAAAGACACGUUUCCACUGCCAGAAGCUUUCAGGAGCUCAGGAACAUCCAGAGAAACAGCUUCUCCACAGCGACAACCAGGACCCAGGAUCACUUCUUACUCCAGAACCGAUAUCCUGUGGACCAGGACACACUAGGGAUGGAGACUUGCUGUGCUAAACGUCUUCGAUUGGUCUUCGAUAUUUUCCUUGCUUUUUUAUUGUAAUGUGUUUGUAAAGUGUGUAUGCUUUGCUCAAGUCUCAGAGUGUCUUUAAGUGUUUUUCACCAAAGUUCAAUUAAUUAAGUGAUGUUACAAAAACAAAGGUGUUUACUUAUAGCCAACCAAUCAGAAAACAGUUCAGUUUAGCUCCACCUAGGGGUGUCACAACACCACUAAGAAUAUCUGAAAUUCUUAAGAUUCUUUAUACCCAUUUUAAUAGGACUACAAACAUUAAGCAGUUAAAUUAAGAUAUUUUAACAUGAAUACCUGCUUAAAUUGUUUUUUUUAUAGUAUUAAAAACACUGUCAUAUUUAUAAAAUCUGGGUAAAAUACAAGUUACAUUUUUUAAUCCAAUCAGAACAGUGGAAUCUAAUGAUAAAGUUCAACACUAUGUAGUGGGUGGGGUUUAAACACAAUUCUACGUGAACCACUUCUUACACCAAUUUUUACUUGCAACCUAGUAAUAAAAAAAAUACUGUUUUUUUUUUUAAAUCAGUACAGUGCUGCAAAACAAAAUGUCAUGAAAUCACACAGUAUAAUACUGACAUUUUAUUCUACCCAAGUGGUUUCAAUACUUAAAACCAGUAAAUGGACAUAUUUCAACAUGAACACUGUGCAGAAUAAUUUUGUGGGCUAAUGUCACUGGUUAUGAGCCAUUGCAUAGUUAGCCUAAACAAGCUAAUUAUAGCCUUUUUUUUUUACUUUAGCAUUUCGCAACAUCAUCAUUUCAAGUGGUACUAAGGUCUUGUGACAUUCCUUAUGCUGCCCUUCUAGUUUUAUUAAGUUUAAAACUAUAAGGAGUAUUAGGAGUGUUCGUCACAGGUCCUGUUAUCAGUGCAUCCCAGUGAAAUAACAGAUCAGAGCUGAAAUUGAUCAGAACUCCGGUGAUGAGAGCAAGAGAAGUGGGCCAAACCAGAUACAGUACCUGAGCUCCAGUCGCAUCAUCCUCAUCCUCUGGAUUUCAUCCUCAUACUCAAGAAGGACUCAACAUUUUGUCAUCACUGAAUUUCAGUCAGCGUGUGAAACACUUAAGGUGGAAACCUGCUUUUUAAGGUGGAAAUGUUCUGUUUACAUGGACUUUGCGAGGAAAGAGAGCAUAGCACUGCUUGAUGUGGGAGCGCGAGGGAACGCUGAGCUUCCUCUGGACUCUGAGAAACGCUGAGAGAUAAACCCCAAACCGGGGGAUUUUUGUACUUACCCAAGUGCCUUCCAACUUUGUAAAGGACAACUCCACCAAUUCUACUUAAAUAUCUGCAUUAUUAAACAGUAAAUAUGUGAA